UGCGAAGAGUCAUGAAUGUGAGCAGAGACAAGGUCGGUGACAUCUCCAUCCCGGCAGCGGCAGCCGCGGCCGUGACAACCCCCGCAGCGCGGCGGGCAUCGGCGGGAAGGCAUGGACAGCCAUGGGAGCAGCGGCUCUCGGCCGGCGGGGAGCUGCAGCUUUACUCCUGCCCUGGGAAUAGGGACAGACAAGGGGACAGCCAGAGCAACACUCCCGGACAAGAGGGGGCAGUGGCCGCUCUGCCCAUAGUGCACAGAACCACCUCUUUCUCCGUGCUCGACAUCCUGGACCCUAACAAAUUCAACAGCAAAAGGAGGCAGUGCGCGGUCUUGUACAAUCGGUGGGGACCGAAUUCACGCUGGGGGCGGAGGAUAAACCCGAGGACUCAGGGACGGAGCUGGCCGAGCCAAAAGCUCUCGCCGAAGAUUUCGACGCGUGCAAGAACAGAGGACGGCGAGCUCUACAAGGCCGACGAGUGCGACCUGGACUACAGCAGCCGGCCGAGCCGCAGCCCCGACAGCGAACUGCAGGACGACGAGGAGCUGUGCAGCGAGGAGAGCAGCAGCAGCAGCGGCAGCACCGGCAGCGGCUCGGCGGCUCCCGGCGAGGCCGAGGCGGUUCCGCAGCACUCCGAGGCGCCCGAAGCGGCCGUCGGCCCUCCGCCCCCACCGCCCCCACCGCCCCAGCAGCCGCAGCCGCCCCAGCAGCCCGGCGGGGGUCAGCAGCAGGCCAAGCCCAAGAGGAAGCGCACGGGCUCGGACUCCAAAUCGGGCAAACCCCGUCGGGCGCGGACAGCUUUCACCUACGAGCAGCUGGUGGCGCUGGAGAACAAAUUCAAGUCCACGCGGUACCUGUCGGUGUGCGAGCGCCUCAACCUGGCUCUGUCUCUCAGCCUCACCGAAACGCAGGUGAAGAUCUGGUUCCAGAACCGCCGCACCAAGUGGAAGAAGCAGAACCCGGGCGCCGACACCAGCGCACCCACCGGCGGCGGCGGGGCGGGCGGCGGAGCGGGCGGAGCGCUGGGCGGAGGGGCGCUGCCGGGGGGCAUCAGCCCGCUCAGCCACUCUCCGCCCAUGGGGAACCCGCUGUCCAUGCACGGGCCCGGCAGCUACGCGGGUCACCCGGCCGGGGGGUUGGUGUGCGCAGCCCAGCUGCCCUUCCUGCCCAGCCCCGCCGUCCUCUCGCCCUUCGUGCUGGGCUCGCAGACUUACGGCGCUCCGGCUUUCUACACCCCCCACCUAUAAGCGCCCUCAGCCCGUGCUGCAUUCGGUGUUGAGAGGAUCGGACCGGCCCGGCCCGACGGACCCCCCUGCGGAGGGGCGCUGAGGUGGGCUGGGCUCUUACCUCAACGCACGGAGCAUUGAGGACCGGACCGGCCGAAACCCCAUCGCCUGUGGGGUUUUGGGUUUCUUUCGUUUUGAAGUUCUGCAUUUCUGUAUAUUUCUGGUCGUUACGGGGGAAAAAAAUGAGAAAAAAAAGAAAAAAAAAAACAAGUUUAAACUUUCUAAUUAAUGUAUAAGGGAUGGGAAUGACGGCAGGCAGACCAUACAGAGAGCACUUUGUUUGCUGAACACUUUAAGUCAAUCAAUAAACGUGAAGGAACUCGUGCCGGCUGCUGCUUCCGGGCGGGGCUGCAGGAAAACACCCACAAGAGGCAAAAAAAGGGGACGAUCCGGGGGGGUUCGAUUCUAUUUGCGUUUAGGCUGGAAACCGCAUCGCGUGGUUCCUGUUCACCAACUUCGUU